UACAAUUGGGGCAUAGUAAAUAAAAGUCGUCUCCCUCCCUUUACUCCGCGACGGCUUCACCAAUUUUCCACAGUCUACCUUCUCUCUCUCUCUCUCUCUCUAGAAACAGAAACAAUUGUUUUCUCUCUCUACAAUCUUUUAGAUCAAAUCCCCUUCUCUCCCUCUCUAUACGCAUUUUUGCUUUUUUGAAAUUUUUUUUAGGAAGCUGAUCUUCUCCAAGAUUGCUAUAUAUAGCCUUUUAGAUCCAAAACGCUGAGGCGAUCUGAAAUUCGCGAGGUCAGAGAGAAACGAUUACGGUUACGCUCUCUCUCUCUCUCUGUCCGUGUGUGCGUGUGAGAGUGUGGAUCUGAGCGGCGAUGGCGUUGUCAGGGAUGCGAGGCCUCUCGGUGUUCAUCAGCGACAUACGCAAUUGCCAGAACAAAGAGCAAGAGCGCCUCCGCGUCGAUAAGGAGCUCGGAAAUGUCCGUACACGCUUCAAGAACGAGAAGGGUUUAUCCCCGUAUGAGAAGAAGAAAUAUGUUUGGAAAAUGCUCUACAUUUAUAUGCUGGGUUAUGAUGUGGAUUUUGGUCACAUGGAAGCUGUUUCUCUAAUAUCUGCGCCAAAGUAUCCAGAAAAGCAGGUUGGUUACAUUGUGACAGCAUGUUUGCUAAAUGAGAACCAUGAUUUUUUGAGACUGGCGAUAAAUACUGUGCGCAAUGAUAUCAUUGGUCGCAACGAGACUUUCCAGUGUUUGGCAUUGACUAUGGUUGGCAACAUUGGUGGGAGAGACUUUGCUGAGUCGUUAGCACCUGAUGUCCAGAAGUUACUUAUCUCUAGCAGCGCCAGACCACUUGUGAGAAAGAAGGCUGCAUUGUGUUUGCUGCGCUUGUAUAGGAAAAAUCCUGAUGUUGUCAAUGUAGAUGGCUGGGCGGAUCGGAUGGCACAGCUAUUAGAUGAACGUGAUCUUGGUGUUUUGACAUCUUCUAUGAGUCUUCUUGUUGCCUUAGUAUCAAAUAACCAUGAAGCAUAUUGGAGUUGUCUUCCAAAAUGCGUUAAAACCUUAGAGCGGCUUGCCAGGAACCAGGAUGUUCCACAAGAAUACACUUACUAUGGUAUCCCAUCUCCCUGGCUUCAGGUUAAGACAAUGAGGGCUCUUCAGUAUUUUCCAACUAUUGAAGAUCCAAAUACCAGAAGAUCAUUGUUUGAGGUCUUACAACGGAUAUUAAUGGGGACUGAUGUUGUGAAAAAUGUAAAUAAGAACAAUGCAUCACAUGCUGUUCUCUUUGAAGCCCUUGCUCUAGUCAUGCAUCUUGAUGCUGAAAAAGAGAUGAUGUCUCAGUGCGUUGCCCUUCUUGGAAAAUUUAUUGCUGUGCGUGAACCAAAUAUUCGGUAUCUUGGCUUGGAGAAUAUGACUCGGAUGUUGUUGGUAACAGAUGUGCAAGAUAUCAUCAAAAGACAUCAGGCUCAGAUCAUAACCUCAUUGAAGGAUCCUGACAUCAGUAUUCGUAGGCGUGCUCUUGAUUUGCUUUAUGGUAUGUGUGAUGUUACAAAUGCAAAGGACAUAGUUGAAGAAAUACUGCAGUAUCUCAGUACAGCAGAAUUUGCAAUGCGUGAGGAAUUGUCACUUAAAGCUGCUAUUCUUGCGGAGAAGUUUGCCCCUGAUCUGUCAUGGUAUGUGGAUGUGAUUCUUCAAUUGAUUGACAAGGCUGGGGAUUUUGUUAGUGAUGACAUAUGGUUUCGUGUUGUGCAGUUCGUUACAAACAAUGAAGACCUACAGCCUUAUGCAGCAGCAAAAGCCAGAGAGUAUCUUGACAAGCCUGCUAUACAUGAGACUAUGGUGAAGGUCAGUGCAUAUCUCAUUGGAGAAUUUGGACACCUUUUGGGCAGACGACCUGGGUGUAGUCCGAAGGAAUUAUUCAGCAUCAUACAUGAGAAGCUUCCUACCGUAUCGUCUUCUACCAUUCCUAUUCUUCUUUCAACAUAUGCUAAAAUUUUAAUGCACGCUCAACCCCCAGAACCAGAACUACAGAAUCUGAUUUGGGCAAUAUUUAACAAAUACGAGAGUUGCAUUGAUGCUGAGAUACAACAACGAGCUGUAGAAUAUCUUGCCUUGAGUAGGAAAGGUGCAGCUCUAAUGGAUAUAUUGGCUGAAAUGCCCAAAUUCCCUGAGCGGCAGUCCUCAUUGAUCAAGAAGGCUGAAGAUAUUGAAGUUGAUACUGCGGAACAAAGUGCUAUCAAGUUGCGGGCACUGCAGCAAACAUCAAAUGCUCUGGUUGUAACUGACCAGCGGCCUGCGAAUGGGACACCUCCUGUCACCCAGCUUAGUCUGGUAAAGGUGCCCAGCAUGAGCAGUAAUGUGGAUCAUCAUGUAGCAGAUCAAGGAUUGUCCCAGGAGAAUGGAACCUUGACUACAGUAGAUCCCCAACCUCCGUCAGCCGAUCUCCUUGGUGAUCUCUUGGGUCCACUGGCUAUUGAAGGCCCUCCUAGUGCUGAUGUCCAGCCUCAACAAAAUAUAGUCUCUGGAGUGGAAGGUGUUCCAAAUGCAGUGGAAGCCACAGCAAUAGUGCCUGUUGGAGAUCAGACAAAUUCUGUUCAGCCAAUAGGAAGUAUUGCUGAAAGGUUUCAAGCACUGUGCGUGAAGGAUAGUGGUGUUCUAUAUGAGGAUCCUUAUAUCCAGAUUGGCAUUAAAGCAGAAUGGCGAGCACAUCAGGGGCGUCUUGUUCUUUUCUUGGGAAACAAGAAUACUAAUCCACUACUUUCAGUUCAGGCUAUAAUAUUGCCUCCAUCCCAUUUGAAGUUGGAGCUCUCAUUAGUCCCAGAAACUAUUCCUCCCAGGGCACAGGUGCAAUGCCCACUUGAAAUUGUUAAUCUCCGCCCUAGUAGGGAUGUAGCAGUACUUGAUUUCUCCUACAAGUUUGGUAACGAUAUGGUCAACUGCAAACUCCGUCUUCCUGCUGUAUUGAGUAAAUUUCUUCAGCCUAUACCAGUGUCUGCUGAAGAGUUUUUCCCUCAAUGGAGAUCACUUUCAGGACCACCUUUGAAGCUUCAAGAAGUGGUUAGAGGCGUAAAACCAAUGCCUCUCCUGGGCAUGGCAAAUUUAUUUAACAGUUUUCGGUUGAUGGUUAGUCCAGGGCUUGACCCAAAUCCAAACAAUCUUGUAGCAAGUACAACAUUCUAUUCAGAAAGUACAAGGGCCAUGCUCUGUUUGGCUAGAAUUGAAACAGAUCCAGCAGACCGAACCCAAUUGCGUUUGACAGUUGCUUCAGGGGACCCUACAUUGACAUUUGAGUUGAAGGAGUUCAUCAAGGAGCAAUUAGUUAGUAUUCCUACAGCCUCCCGUGCUCCUGCACCGGCGCCACCAGCACCUCAACCAACCAGUCCACCAGCAGCAGCAUUAACAGAUGAUCCUGGGGCUUUGCUGGCUGGUUUACUGUGACAAAGUGGAAUUUUGAAGAUUUGUUCAUUAUACACAUGUAAACCUGAUUUAUACAGCGGGGCCACCCAUGUCCCUCAAGUUAAAGAUGUGGAUAAAGAAAAUCAAGAUGCAAGGGCUGGCGGCAUUAAAGGGUGAGCUAAUUUAGUAGUCGGCUUAGUGUUAUGAGUGGGGAUUUCUAAAGGGGGGGUUGGUCGCGAUUUUGAGAUUCUUUAUGCACAAUGUAAUUGUGCCUUGGUGAGAUUUUUUUCUCUUUUGGGGUGAGGGUUUUUCAUUGUUAUUCAUUUUUUUUCCCCUUCCCACUUCACUGGAUUGGCUUCUGUACCAUGAAUAUUUGACCGCCAUGUAAGAUAUACUACACGAAGUAGAACCAGUUGUAACAAUUUGCAUCAUUUGUUUUUGUUUGUUAAUCCAUAGUAAUAUUUUCAAUAA